UCUACUCAGCUUUUGUUUGGUGAAGUCAGAUUUGUUGAACUUCAAAUUUCCUCCAAGGAAGCGUGGCCGGCCAACAACUGUUGAAAAGCUCAGAAGGGACCUCUUUCAGAUUCUACAAGAGCAAGAAUCACUCUGCCCAUCUGAAUCUUCAGAAGAGGUGCUUAUUUUUAGAAGGGACGAUCAAUGGUUUUCUGAUGAGAUAGGGCUUGGGACUGCUCUUCUUAAGCUACCAGUUCCAGAAGAGGAACCUGAGGCAAGUCCAAUUCAAAUAUAAAAAGGAGUUUCAUACUUAUACAUAACAUUUACCAUGGAUCAUUGUUUUUUUUUUGUACAGUCCCAAAGUAUUCAAGUUAGUGCAAGUGAAGGGGGUAAAGAUAGACUGAUUGGGGACAACGGGCACGUAGAGCAAUUGGAAGAAAGUCCUGCAAAAUGGAGUGCUCUCAAAGAGAAAUAUUUGGAGAUAAGUCCAUUAGGGUAUUCUAACACCUUUCAAAGUAUGCAUUCUCCUCAAACGCACAAAAAUGCCAAGCCCUCAAACAAAGAAAGCUUUGGAAUGCGAAACGAGAUCACUUCUUGCUCAACUUUCCUUGUUGAUUUUGGAAUCUCAGUGCUCACUAAUAGACUUUCAGAUCCGCCAUGUCUCCCAACAUCUGAAGGUACAAUUUGA